AUGCUUCAGAUCAGGCACAACAGGCCAAGAAUUGUGCGCACCGUCAGGAUGGCGUUUGCUGGGACAAAUGUCAGUUUGUCCCAGCCGGAUAUAACACAAAAACUGACGGAGCGCAUAGAUGAUCUGAAGCAGAGAAUCGCUGCUUGGGGAAAGCGGAUUCGGCGAUAUACCGAGAGUUCGACACGGUUCAACCAGAAUCGUCUCUUCCAGAGUGAUCAGAAGAGGCUCUAUGAAUCAUUGGAGCGACCAAUGGUAAGUGAAACGGGUCCAGCACCGAAUCAGGCCGACACUGUAGCAUUCUGGCGCGGCCUGUGGCUGACCACGCUGUGGUUUACGGGCUCUGAAGCCCGUAAACCACAGCGAGGGCCCUUGGACGGAAGUUGUGGCGAGUCAGUGUGCGGGUAUUACGCCCAUGGACCCCGUCAUCAUAACGCCGGAUGA